GACGUGCACUUGACUCCCUCUGGCGGGUUUGCCUGUUUAGCCCUCGUUCAAAAACCAAAUGUUCUCCCUGCUCCACCCCGUUCUCACUCCGUCGCCGCGUGCUCGCCGGAACCCUAGGACCCUGCGGCCGUGGUAGGAAGCGCUGCCGCAGCCAUGACAGGGACAACUUGGAUAAUUGACAGCCAAAGAUUUGCCACCAAAAUAAAAAAUGCUUCUGGGUCUUCAGAUCCAAGUAAACAGAAAUGGAUCGGCAACCCAAGUAAAGAGUGCCCAAAGUGCAGUCAUGUGAUUGAUAACAGUGAUGUUGUUCACCAGUGGCCCGGUUUGCCUAAAGGUGUAAAAUUUGAUCCUUCUGACCAGGAAUUAAUCUGGCACUUAAUGGCAAAACAUGGAAAAUCUGGAAUAAAACCACAUCCGUUCAUUGAUGAAUUCAUUCCAACAGUUGAGGAAGAUGAAGGCAUCUGUUACACUCAUCCACAGAAACUUCCAGGUGUUAAACAAAAUGGAAGUGUAUCACAUUUCUUCCACAGAACAUUUAAGGCUUACAACACUGGGACUAGGAAGCGUCGAAGGAUAAACACUGACGAUGCUGAUGUCCGUUGGCACAAGACAGGCAACACAAAGCCAGUACUAGUUGAUGGAAAACACCUUGGUUGUAAGAAAAUAAUGGUGCUUUAUAUAAGCCCGUUGAAGGGUGGAAAGGCUGAGAAGACCAAUUGGGUGAUCCACCAGUACCACCUAGGCACUGGAGAGGAUGAGAGAGAUGGUGAAUAUGUUGUCUCCAAAAUAUUUUUUCAGCAACAGUUUAAACCUAGGGACAAGAAUGCUCAAGAGCUAACUACAUCCGAUGAUCUGGAAUCAAUGGCUGCUGAAUCAAAUCUCCCAGAUUUUACUACAUUGCCCACUGACAAACAUGUUGGUACAGUCCAAGAAGUUGUUCAUAAUCCUGAGCAUAAUCUUUACCAGGUUGUUCACCAGUGGCCCGGUUUGCCUAAAGGUGUAAAAUUUGAUCCUUCUGACCAGGAAUUAAUCUGGCACUUAAUGGCAAAACAUGGAAAAUCUGGAAUAAAACCUCAUCCGUUCAUUGAUGAAUUCAUUCCAACAGUUGAGGAAGAUGAAGGCAUCUGUUACACUCAUCCACAAAAACUUCCAGGUGUUAAACAAAAUGGAAGUGUAUCACAUUUCUUCCACAGAACAUUUAAGGCUUACAACACUGGGACUAGGAAGCGUCGAAGGAUAAACACUGACGAUGCUGAUGUCCGUUGGCACAAGACAGGCAAGACAAAGCCAGUACUAGUUGAUGGAAAACACCUUGGUUGUAAGAAAAUAAUGGUGCUUUAUAUAAGCCCGUUGAAGGGUGGAAAGGCUGAGAAGACCAAUUGGGUGAUCCACCAGUACCACCUAGGCACUGGAGAGGAUGAGAGAGAUGGUGAAUAUGUUGUCUCCAAACUAUUUUUUCAGCAACAGUUUAAACCUGGGGACAAGAAUGCUCAAGAGCUAACUACAUCCGAUGAUCUGGAAUCAAUGGCUGCUGAAUCAAAUCUCCCAGAUUUUACUACAUUGCCCACUGACAAACAUGUUGGUACAGUCCAAGAAGUUGUUCAUAAUCCUGAGCAUAAUCUUUACCAGGUUGUUCACCAGUGGCCCGGUUUGCCUAAAGGUGUAAAAUUUGAUCCUUCUGACCAGGAAUUAAUCUGGCACUUAAUGGCAAAACAUGGAAAAUCUGGAAUAAAACCUCAUCCGUUCAUUGAUGAAUUCAUUCCAACAGUUGAGGAAGAUGAAGGCAUCUGUUACACUCAUCCACAGAAACUUCCAGGUGUUAAACAAAAUGGAAGUGUAUCACAUUUCUUCCACAGAACAUUUAAGGCUUACAACACUGGGACUAGGAAGCGUCGAAGGAUAAACACUGACGAUGCUGAUGUCCGUUGGCACAAGACAGGCAAGACAAAGCCAGUACUAGUUGAUGGAAAACACCUUGGUUGUAAGAAAAUAAUGGUGCUUUAUAUAAGCCCGUUGAAGGGUGGAAAGGCUGAGAAGACCAAUUGGGUGAUCCACCAGUACCACCUAGGCGCUGGAGAGGAUGAGAGAGAUGGUGAAUAUGUUGUCUCCAAACUAUUUUUUCAGCAACAGUUUAAACCUGGGGACAAGAAUGCUCAAGAGCUAACUACAUCCGAUGAUCUGGAAUCAAUGGCUGCUGAAUCAAAUCUCCCAGAUUUUACUACAUUGCCCACUGACAAACAUGUUGGUACAGUCCAAGAAGUUGUUCAUAAUCCUGAGCAUAAUCUUUACCAGGUUGUUCACCAGUGGCCCGGUUUGCCUAAAGGUGUAAAAUUUGAUCCUUCUGACCAGGAAUUAAUCUGGCACUUAAUGGCAAAACAUGGAAAAUCUGGAAUAAAACCUCAUCCGUUCAUUGAUGAAUUCAUUCCAACAGUUGAGGAAGAUGAAGGCAUCUGUUACACUCAUCCACAAAAACUUCCAGGUGUUAAACAAAAUGGAAGUGUAUCACAUUUCUUCCACAGAACAUUUAAGGCUUACAACACUGGGACUAGGAAGCGUCGAAGGAUAAACACUGACGAUGCUGAUGUCCGUUGGCACAAGACAGGCAAGACAAAGCCAGUACUAGUUGAUGGAAAACACCUUGGUUGUAAGAAAAUAAUGGUGCUUUAUAUAAGCCCGUUGAAGGGUGGAAAGGCUGAGAAGACCAAUUGGGUGAUCCACCAGUACCACCUAGGCACUGGAGAGGAUGAGAGAGAUGGUGAAUAUGUUGUCUCCAAACUAUUUUUUCAGCAACAGUUUAAACCUGGGGACAAGAAUGCUCAAGAGCUAACUACAUCCGAUGAUCUGGAAUCAAUGGCUGCUGAAUCAAAUCUCCCAGAUUUUACUACAUUGCCCACUGACAAACAUGUUGGUACAGUCCAAGAAGUUGUUCAUAAUCCUGAGCAUAAUCUUUACCAGCUUAAUAGAAACUGUGAAAUAAGCAUUGAAGAGACUGUUGUCCUCCCACCCUCUGUAAAAACAACAAAGGACGGAGAUAAUCUCCAAUCACAAGAUCAGAAGUUGUGGGAAGGCGAUUCCCAGUUUGAAUUGUUAGACUCUCAGCAGCUGGCAGAAGGACUCGCUCUCUGUGACGAGUUCCUCCUGAGUCAGUCUCAGACCUCUUGUGGAGGUGGAGAUGAACCUAGAGAGACCAAACCCUGCCUGGCUGCUUAUGCCCAUCUGUCAGCAGAGGACUUCAAGAAGGAUUUAGAGUGCCAGCGGUUGGAGCCCACAGAUAACACAAACCUUGAGCUUGACAACACUGAUGAGUUUCGACUCAGCCAAAUUGAAUUUUCACAGGAUAGCUUUAUGACAUGGGCAGCUGAAAAGAUUACUGACGACUGACGCUGCUCUAGUGCACUCUCGGCACCAUUUUGGUACAUGAAGAAACAACUGAUCUGUUUUUUUGUGGGACGGCAGUGAAGUCUGCAACAACAGUGGUCUCGCUUUUGCUUUGAGUAGCUCUGGUGCACAUAAAAUAAUUUAUAUGAAAUAUGAAAGGCUGAGGAAUCAUGCGGUACCAACUGUGGAGUACUGUUCAGUGUGAGAUUGGCCUUGGUUGCAUCAGCUUGUACAUUUUGUAAUGAAUAUGCUCAUUUUAGUUGGCAGACCAGUUGCUUGUUUGGAAUUGGUACUGACGUAUUGCUCUGCUAAUUUUAGGAUUUUUCAGGGAUUAAUAUUUCAUUCUUCUUUUUC